AUGGCCAAAAAGGAGAUUGUUUGGGAGUUUAUUGAGGAAGAAGACUUGUCUUAUUUAAAGCAGCCUGAAGAAGUUUAUAAUGUAAAGCAUUCUGAUUAUUACUGCUACCACACGGACGGAAAUAGCCACUACAGAAGAAUAUUCUACGGAGUUGAGUAUUCAGAAUUCGAAAAGAGACACUAAAAAUAGUUAAAGGAACAAAUAGAAAACGAAAAUAUCGAAUUACCCGAAGAUUGGGAUGAUGCAUAGACAUUGAAGUAUUGUUAUUCAGGUGGUUUUGAUUUGAAGAAAUCCAUAGAAUCUCUCAAAAUGCACUUGGAAUGGAGGAGAAAUCCCAUUAUGCACAAGAUGAAUAAACAAGCAUUAGAAAUAUUGCAAGAAGGAGUAUUCUAUCAUUUAGGGAGAGACAAAUAGUUUAGACCAGUAGUAGUACUUAAUAUGUGGAAAGUAAAUCCUAAAAAAACUCCAGUUGAAAUCUACCUUUCAGCGAUUUGCAACUUGCUCACUAAAGUUUCAAAAAUAGAAUUCGUAAAGGGAUAUGUAGAGAGCUGGGUUGUAAUAUUGGAAACGAAUGAAAAAGGAGUAACUGAUUUAGAAUUAGCUACAAUAAAUAAAAUUGUUUAAAUUAUGGCAAAAAACUUUACUUCCACACUUGAAAAAAUGUUUAUAACAAAUCCGUCAUUCCUCUUUUCAGGAGCUUGGUCAUUGAUAAAAAAUUUUAUUCACCCAGAGACUUCUGCAAAAAUUAAUAUCUUGAAAAAGAAAGAUUUCCAUAUAAUGCUUGAUUACAUAGAUGCUGACUAGCUCGAAGAGAAGUACGGAGGCACAUUACCUAACAAAACAACCUUUUGGCCACCUUAAAAUACCUUAAAAUAGACAAUAAAUAAUUUGUAAGCUCCUGUACCAGAGGAAAAUGGAAAUAUAGAUUAAAGCAGUAUGGUAAGCUUUAAAACAAUAGAUAAUGACUCAUAGCUAUUCUUCGAUUAACAAGCAAGUCCUUCAAAAGCAUAAAAUGUGAGUUUAUAUACAAACCCAAAGGGUGAUGUUUAGCAAUAUUAAGAAAUAGAUAGCAUAUCAAAACCUAUUUAAAGCACAACCUCAAACAAUAGUUGUUGCAAGUGUAAUAUUUUUUGA